CUAGGAGCUGGGCUGGAGGCGGGCCAGUUACUCAACACUGGAGAAACGGGUUUCUCUCCUCCUCGCCUGCCUGCCUGCCCGUCUGCACAGAACAGAGCAGAGGAGCUGUGUCAUGUGUAAUUUAAUACCAGACGCAGGCUGACUGAGCCUCACUGCACACAGAGAGCCCCCUCACAGCCUGAGAGGCAGGCAGGCAGGAGAGGCAGGCAGGCUAAGCAGGCAGACUUCCAGGGUCCGGCUCAGCCCUCCAUGACAGGACAAAGAGCAGGGGAUGAGGGACCGACCAGAGCCCUAGUGAGGGACCGACCAGAGCCCUAGUGAGGGACCGACCAGAGCCCUAGUGGAGGAUCGACCAGAGCCCUAGUGGAGGAUCGACCAGAGCCCUAGUGGACCCAUCAACGUCUCCCUCUCCCCGUGGCCAGCUGUAACCAGCCUUCCCUGGCACCAGCAGAAACCCAAGGCCAUCUCUGAUUGCACAAGGCCAUCCCUCUUCCCUCCCCUCCCUCUUGUUCCAGUCUUGCCGCUCCCUCAUCUCCCAGUGGUGGCAUUGGGGCUCCCAGGAUGCGGCUGCUCAGCGCUCUGCUGCUCCUCCUGCUCCUCAGGUCCACUGAGCCCAGGAAGGGUGGACGGAACAGAGAAAGGGGCAGGGCCCGGGGUAAAGGCAGGGCCAAUGCUGUCAAACGCCAAACCUCUGAAUGCAAGGAAUACAUGGAGGCCGGAGAGAAAUACCUGGACUGUCAGGACCGCCAGCUGACCGGGGUGCAACAGCACUGGCCUGAAGACAUCCACCACCUCCUGCUGGCCCGCAACAAGAUCCAGGUGCUCAGAGACAACACCUUCUCCCAGUUCAAGAACCUAAAGAGUCUGGAUCUACAACAGAAUGAGCUCUACAUGGUGGAGGAGGAGGCGUUCGCAGGGCUGGGACAGCUCACUACUCUGCUUCUUCAGCACAACCAGAUGAAGACAGCUUCUGAGGAGCACCUGCUGCCCUUGCCAAACCUCCGCUACCUGCGUCUCUAUGACAACCCCUGGGACUGCCGGUGCUCGCUGGAUAGUCUGGUCAGGACCCUGCAGGUGCCCAGCAACCGUAACCUUGGGAACUACGCCAAGUGUUCGGAGCCGGACGCGCUGAGAGGUCAGAAGCUGAAGAAGAUGAGGCCAGAGCUGCUGUGUGCUGAGGAUGGGGAGGGCCAUCAGCCAGGGCAGAAACCUCAGGAAGGGCAGGGUAGUCUGCCCAAACCACCUCCCAUCAAGAAGUACCCUGAUGCCAACUCCUUGUGCCACACCUACAUGUUCCCCAAACCCAUGCUGGACUGCAAGAGCAAAGAACUGAAGAACGUCCCCUCUAGUCUCCCGUCAGACAUUGUGAGGAUGGACUUGUCCAGUAACAGCAUCACUCAGCUCCGGCCCAAGGAGUUUGUUGCUGCCAGGGACCUGAAGCUUCUCAACCUCAGCAGUAACAGUCUGGAUCAGAUCGACACAGCUGCGUUUGCGGGCCUCCUGUACCUGCGAGAGCUGGACCUGUCCAACAACAGCCUGCACUACUUCCAGUACGGAGUGUUGGAGGACCUGUACUUCCUCAGGAUGCUGAAUCUGGGGGAUAACCCCUGGGUCUGUGACUACAACAUCCACUACCUGAUCUACUGGCUGAAGCAUCACCCCGGGGUGGCCUACUCUGGCCUAAUCUGCACCGAGCCUCAGGAGUUCAGGGGCUGGCCCGUGGAGAAUUAUGUCAAGACCUACAACGGAGAGUGUCCCAAGGAUAAGGAUCCACAGCCAGGGAAGGGUGAUGCAGGACAGGGACAGACGGCUCGGGAGCUAGUGGCCGAGACAGAGGAGGCGGAGAUGGAGCUUCUGCCGAAGCCUCUGAGAGACCCCAGACCAAAGAAAUAUGAGGUCACCAGGUUGACUUAAUAGGACAGAGUUGGAAAGUAGAAGAGAACUGUUGUUGUUGUUUUCUAUUAUCACAGAACAUUCCAAUUCAGUCAGAUUUUCAGAUUUUUUUUUUACUUUCGAAUUCCCACCAGCAUAACCAAUGCAGGACAGUUGGAUUCCCACCAGCAUAACCAAUGCAGGACAGUUGGAUUCCCACCAGCAUAACCAAUGCAGGACAGCUGGAUUCCCAACAGCAUGACCAAUGCAGGACAGUUGGAUUCCCACCAGCAUAACCAAUGCAGGACAGUUGGAUUCCCACCAGCAUAACCAAUGCAGGACAGUUGGAUUCCCACCAGCAUAACCAAUGCAGGACAGUUGGAUUCCCACCAGCAUAACCAAUGCAGGACAGUUGGAUUCCCAACAGCAUGACCAAUGCAGGACAGUUGGAUUCCCACCAGCAUAACCAAUGCAGGACAGCUGGAUUCCCAACAGCAUGACCAAUGCAGGACAGUUGGAUUCCCACCAGCAUAACCAAUGCAGGACAGUUGGAUUCCCAACAGCAUAACCAAUGCAGGACAGCUGGAUUCCCACCAGCAUAACCAAUGCAGGACAGCUGGAUUCCCAACAGCAUAACCAAUGCAGGACAGUUGGAUUCCCAACAGCAUGACCAAUGCAGGACAGUUGGAUUCCCACCAGCAUAACCAAUGCAGGACAGCUGGAUUCCCACCAGCAUAACCAAUGCAGGACAGCUGGAUUCCCAACAGCAUAACCAAUGCAGGACAGUUGGAUUCCCAACAGCAUGACCAAUGCAGGACAGUUGGAUUCCCACCAGCAUAACCAAUGCAGGACAGUUGGAUUCCCACCAGCAUAACCAAUGCAGGACAGUUGGAUUCCCACCAGCAUAACCAAUGCAGGACAGUUGGAUUCCCACCAGCAUAACCAAUGCAGGACAGCUGGAUUCCCAACAGCAUAACCAAUGCAGGACAGCUGGAUUCCCAACAGCAUAACCAAUGCAGGACAGCUGGAUUCCCAACAGCAUAACCAAUGCAGGACAGCUGGAUUCCCAACAGCAUAACCAAUGCAGGACAGUUGGAUUCCCACCAGCAUAACCAAUGCAGGACAGCUGGAUUCCCAACAGCAUGACUAAUGCAGGACAGUUGUUGCUGUUUUCGUUACAAGAAUAUUUCGUCCUGGAUAUACUUUUUUGAAAAAGUAGAGGUUGAUAUAUUUUUUACGAUAUCCAAUUGAUAGUUACAGUGUUGUCCCAUCGCUGCAACUCCUGUACGGACUAGGGAGAAGCGAAGGUCAAGAGGCAUGAGUCCUCCAAAGCACCAAUAUGUCAGUGGAAACAUCAAUAUAGCUGGUGACCCAAGUCAACAUGCAUGAACGCAGCUACCACAAGGAGUCACUAGAGCGCAAUGGGACAAGGACAUCCCAGCCGGCCAAACCCUCCCUAACCCAGACAAUUGUGCGCCGCCUCAUGGUCGCGGCCGGCUACGACACAGCCCGGGAUCGAACCCAGAUCUGUAUUGACUCCUCAUAUAGACGGGAGGCCCGAGGUACAUUUCUUCUAAAUGUAUGAUUUAGACAAUCUGUUCAUGAAAUAAAAGCCGUUUUUUUCUGAAA